UCGAGAAACAUAUCUUCGUCAUGCUUUACGUGUAUUCCUAAUAAUCUGAAUCAAGAAUGGCGGAAAUCAAAGUUCCUGAGUUGUUGCUGUGUCCCAUCUCGCUUGAGAUAAUGAAGGAUCCGGUGACAACCGUAACAGGGAUAACAUACGACAGAGAAAGCAUAGAAGAAUGGCUGCAGCAGAAAUCUAAUAAGAAGGAUUGUAUGUGUCCCGUUACAAAGCAACCAUUGCCGACGGACCCUCAUUUCUUGACUCCAAACCACACCCUCCGGAGGUUUAUCCAAGGCUGGUGUUCAGCCAACCAAUCCAACGUCGUCGAUCGGAUUACCACCCCCAGGUCCCCUCUCGACAACUCCCAACUUCACAAACUCCUCACAGAUCUUGAUGCUCCUCGCACCUUUCAAACCUCAUUGAACAAGAUGCAUGAUCUAGCCACUCAGAGCCAGAGGAACCGCAACUUCAUGGCUCAACAACCAGUACCCAAGGCCAUGGUACAAUUCAUCACAACCACUUUCAAACAAGGCGAAACCAGCGGCGUUGAAGAAGCUCUGAGAAUUCUUCGCUUACUAUGGAGGAGCACUUCAUCAUCAUCAUCAUCGUCAUCCUCGCCAACAACUGGCGGCGGCGGCGGCACAAACAUGAAGCCCCUGGUAGGUGAAACCUUGGACUUCAUCAAAUCGUUGACUUGGAUUCUUCAACUCCCAAUAAUCGACAAUGACCUUAACAUGGUUAACGAAGCAAUGCAAAUUCUAAAGCUGACCAUCGAAAUCACCGAUUCAACGCUCUUGGGAAGCUUAAACCACGAGUUCUUCAAACAAAUCGUGAGCACCAUGAGGAGACUAAGCAAAUCAUCAUCAUCAAUUCCCCAAAAUGCCCUCAAAUCCGCGUUACACGUGCUCAUAGAAACAUGCCCCUUAGGAAGAAACAGAACGAAGAUCGUGGAAUCCGGUGCAGUUGGCGAACUCAUCGAACUGUCCAUGGAUAAACCAACGGAGAAGAACCUAACGGAGCUUAUAUUCAAGGUGUUGGGUCAACUGUGCUCGUGUGCAGAAGGGAGAGAAGAGUUCUUGAAGCACCCGGCGGGAAUCGCUGUUGUUUCGAAGAGGACGCUGAGGGUAUCGGCAGCGACUGAUGAUGGAGCCCUUCAUGUGUUAUGGCUGAUUUCAAAGUUUUCAGCUACGAAUGAGGUGGUUCAAGAGAUGCUGAGGGUUGGUGCUGUGUCAAAGCUAUGCAUGGUGAUGCAAGCAGAUUGUGCUUCUUAUUUGAAACAAAAGGCAACAGAUAUUCUUAGGUUUCAUUCAAAGGCUUGGAAUAAUUCUCCUUGUAUUCAACUCUAUUUGUUAACUAGACACCCAAGAUGAUCAUCAUCAA